UUUAGGACGAGGAGAAGAUAGUUCACCUUGGGAUUCUGAGAGUAUUUCUGCAAGACUUCCAAAGAAAUCUGUUGAUUGUUUACCUGGAGCUGCAGAUCAACAAGGGCAAAGUAUAUUCAGUGAACAAGUAGAAGAUUCUCCUGGAAAAGAUCUUCUUCACUGGAAGUCUACCACUAAAGUGAAAGAUUCUGUUCCUAAUGAAGCAGUCGCAACGAGUGAUAAACAAACACCCAGAUCAGAUUUGUCAUCAGAACCAGACUUAGAAGUGGCAUCACAGCAAAAGCAAGAGCAAGAAAGGCCUGAUAAAAGUGAAAAUAACCACCCCCAGGAUAAAGUUAUUUUACAAACAUGUAUCCUGGCUGAAAAGACAUCUGAAAGCCAAACCAAGCAAAUUAACAUUCCACUUGUGCAACUGCAAAAUAUGGCUCGAGAACCAGAAAUGAAUAUGGAAUGUGAUAGACACGGUGAUAGAUCUGUACAUUCAGAACAUCCUCGUGUGCACAAGAAGUAUGAGGAGAUACAGAUGAAACAAGGCAAAUUAGAUUGGAAAAAUAAUGUGAAACGCAUGAGCAGAGAGUUAAAGCAGAAGAUUGGUAAAACUUGUGAAAAGUACCAAAUUAUUACUCAUCCUAAGUUAGAACAACUACGUGGUAAUUCUAAAGAAGCAGACGUAAAGGAAAUACCUCCUAAUGUGACAAAAGUUACACUUGAUUGUGAGGAAAAAGAUGAAUUGGGAGUGUCUGUCUCUGUAGUACCUCAGGCCUUUCCUGAACAAAAAGAGCCUAGUCUCGAAAAUGCUAUUCUCUCUCAUUCAUACUCUGGGUCCCCAGACUAUGCUUGCCAGUCAUCUUCUAAGCUCUCUUCCCAUGAAAAUGAUAACAAACCAGGUGAGCAUGUUUUUAACAAAAAUGAGAGUCUUGAUAGCGAUCCAGAAAAUAAAAAACUAAGGAACCCACUAGUUACAUUUGAAGUGAAAGAAGACCAAGAGUUUGACAUGCAGAUGGCCAAAAGUUUGAACCAAAAUACCACCAAUAGUAAAUUAGACACUGGAUAUAUCCCUCCGUAUAGUGACCCAGAAAGCCUUUUUGAUUUGCGGCUUGCCCACUCCAAUGUGGCGAAACAAAUGAUUCAGAAGAAAAGGCAUGAUACUUCUGCUAUUACAAACACUUACAAGAAAACAAAACCAAUACAAGACUCUUUCCAGAAGCCAUUAGAUGCAGAUAAUGACAGUACUAAUAACUAUAAAACUACGGAACCUGCAUUAGAAAAUGUGAGUUCUUCACCACGUCCUUUCAGAACAUCAAAAGUAUAUCAAAAAGAAGAAUUACAGCAAGAUAUGCAAAAUCUGCAAAGGUUUAAGAAUGAGAAAGGCAUGUUACAAGUAGAACUCCUGGCUUUGGAAAAAGAGAAAGUUGAACUUCAAAAAGAGACUGGAAAAGAAAGGAAGCAGCACACGAGUAAUAAAAUGGAAGGAGCAGAAAACAUAUAUGCUGCUGCUGCUGCUGCUGCUCCUGUUCUUGGUACUGCUCUUGCUGUUGCUGCUGCUGCUGCUCCUGCUGCUGGACUAAUUCAACAAAGAAAGACUGGAGAAACUGAUAACCACCUGUUUCCUACUACGCAGAAUGAAGAUUCUGAUAGACCUGCAAAGAAAACAUCUAAGGAAAAGAACAAGGUCAAAAAGCAAGUGAAUUCUGCGGAGCAUCUUGAUGACGAGCAUCUUGAUGACUUAACUCAGUCAUCUGAAGCAGCUUCAGAGGAUUGCAAGUUGCAAUACUCUGAUUAUAAGAGUUCCCUGUUGCUCAUUGAACUUGGCAUGGAUUGUAAAGGUAGGGCCGUCGUAUAAAUAUAAAGCCUUUUUCUGUAUAUAUGGUUGUAGUAAUAUGUGCACAUCUCGUCUAGCGC